GCUUUGCUUUGGGCAAGGUUGUGGAUAGAUGUAAUACUCACAAAAUCUGUAUUAGAUUGUCUAAUCACACUCAAAAUGCGAAAGAUCAAGAUAUUCUAAACAUCUCAUAAUCCUAACCCAGUGGAUGAUAAUCCUAACCCAGUGGAUGAUUGACACGUAUGUCUGUUUACCGCUCAAGAACACGUGUCUUCAACGGGGCAGGAAAACGCUGUGGCUCAAGAAGCUGUAGAUUUCUGCUCCGAAACUCAUUACUGGCUUUCUCCCUCUGCAACGUGCUUCUGGUUUGUUUGUUUGAUCUUCUAUCUCGCUCUCGGUGUCUUCGUGUUUGCUUCCUGAGAUUCGAAAAUGGAGGUCUCUUCGCUCCCGACGACCUCAAGAGUCUAUCUGUCUUCUCCUUCAACAGAGUCGCUGUUGCAUAAAGCUGCUAAAGGACUUCCUUUAGGGAAUCCACGUUUAGUAUCCAUUUCAUUGAACAAAAGAAUUUCUCAGACUUUAUUGAGACAAGCUGGUCAUCUACUUCGCAAUGAAAACUCUACAAACUCUACAAAGGUUUUAUGCAGUCUCAAGGGAAAAAUUCCCACUAUAGAGGCCAGUUCUAUGGAUGAGAUAUAUGAUUCUUUGGCAGAACGUCUACUUCCGACUGGAGCAGCAGCAUCAAAUCCUAAUCUGAAGCAUAUUGUAGGCUUGGCUGGUCCUCCUGGUGCUGGAAAGAGCACUUUAGCUUCCGAAGUAGUGCGACGUGUAAAUAAGUUAUGGCCCCAAAAAUCUUCCUCAUUAGAUUCUCAAGUCAAGCCUCCUGAUGUUGCUACAGUUCUUCCUAUGGAUGGGUUCCACCUAUAUCGUUCACAGCUUGAUGCAAUGGAGAAUCCAGAGGAAGCCCAUGCAAGAAGGGGAGCUCCUUGGACAUUUGCUCCAACUCUACUACUUGAGUGCCUAAUGAAAUUGAGGAAUGAGGGUUCGGUUUAUGCUCCAUCAUUUGAUCAUGGUGUUGGAGAUCCUGUUGAAGAUGAUAUCUUUGUGAGCCUUCAGCAUAAAGUGGUCAUAGUUGAAGGAAAUUAUCUAUUGUUGGAAGAAGGGGUUUGGAAGGAUAUAUUGUCUAUGUUUGAUGAGAAAUGGUUUAUUGAUAUUGACAUUGAUAAGUCAAUGGAACGGGUUUUAAGGAGACACAUUUCAACUGGAAAGCCUACUGAUGUUGCUAAAUGGCGGAUAAAUUAUAAUGACAGGCCCAAUGCUGAGCUUAUAAUGAAGUCAAAGAAAAAUGCCGACAUUGUAAUCAGAUCUAUUGAUUUCUAAAGAUCAUUCCACCAACUAUUGCAGUGGAGAAAUGAGAAUGAGGUCAGUUGAACUUGUUUCUUUUGCAUCAAAUAGAACAGCCCUUUCUCUCAUUCUCUCUAAAUAAACUAAAGGUGAAGUGAUGUUUUAGUUCCGUAAUCGAUUGACAGACAAAUUUCUCAUCAUAGAAGAGAAUUAGAUGAACCCUAAUUCUUAAUAUAAGGGUAUUGAGAAUGGAGUAUCUCAUAUUUGAGUAUUCUUCAGCCAUAAGUUCUUAUCAAUUCCAUGAGAGGUGCGUUUAUUUUGUAAUUCACAAUAAUAUUGUUAAACCUAUUUGAUCUUUAAUGAAUAAAAGAGAAUCUAAUUGGAUUGUGUAAA